AUGGAUGCCAAUUAUUCAACUCUCCAGGGCGCGAUUGCGUCGGUGACGAUGCGACAAUGGGUAGUCGUUACUAUUGUCUCUUGGUUUGUAUACAAGAUCGUAGAGGCUUUGUACAACAUCUCACCACUUCACCCAUUGAGCAAAGUCCCUGGCCCGAAACUCGCAGGAGCAACCUAUCUGCCUGAGUUCUACCAUGAUGUGAUACUGGUUGGCCGUUAUACACAUGCUAUUCAAAAGAUGCACGAGAAAUAUGGCCCAAUUGUUCGCAUUAACCCAAAUGAGACACAUUGUUCCGACAUGGCAUUCUCCGACGAGAUCUACGCUGUUGGUGGACGUAAGCGCGACAAGCCAUUCCACCAGGUCAACGGCUCAGCUGCUGGAACUGACAACGCCUUUGGCACACCUGACCACGAUGUUCACCGAGCGCGACGAGGCCCUGUAGCCAAAUUCUUCUCAAGGGCCAUGAUUGCGCAGCUCGAAGAUGAAGUCCAUGAGCUAGUUCAGACUCUCUGUAACAAACUACUUACUGAAAGCAGUGGAAAAGAAAAGAGCGCACCCAUCGACGUUGCGCACGCUUACAGCUGCUUCACUUCCGACGCCAUCUCGAGAUAUUGCUUUGGUGAAGCCUUUGGACUUUUGUCGCGCGAUACCUGGCGACCUACUUUCCGCGAGGCGACUCUGGCAGUCCUCAAGCCUGUGUUUUGGUUUAGAUUCUUCCCAUUCCUGGUUGGCAGUGUCAAGUACGGUAAGCAUUUCGUUGACUACUUGCCCGCGGAUGCUGCUAUGCUUGUUCAAAGUCUACAAAUCGAUAUUCCUGCUCGUGUGACAAAGACAAAGACGGACCUCGACGCUGGUAUCGUUUAUGAACGACCAACUAUCUUUGCCGAUCUUCUCCAAUCCGAACUUGACGAGAGCGAGAAGGGAAUCGACCGUCUUUCUCAUGAGGCCGCUACUAUCGUCAAUGCUGGAACCGAGACUACAAGCUGGGCAUUGGCUGUUAUAACAUAUUUCCUCCUAUCGCAGCCCGAGACUAUGAGCAAGCUGCAGGCUGAGUUGGCCACCGUUGUCGACGACCCACGACACUUGCCUUCUUGGACAACGCUUGAGAAGCUUCCAUACCUUGGAGCGGUUGUUAACGAAGGCUUACGUCUGUCCUAUGGUGUUUCCAGCCGCUCUGCCCGUGUCCCUACAACAGAGGAUCUUGUCUACCGAGGAGAGUUCAACAAGCAGCACACUACCAUCGUCCUCCCCCGUGGUUAUGCUAUCGGCAUGUCAUCAGCCAUCUCUCACCAUGACGAGUCUGUCUUCCCUGACUCAUACUCUUUCACUCCCGAGCGAUGGAUCGACGAUGACGGAACAAUUAGAAAGAACCUGGAGCGAUCUAUGCUUUCAUUCUCUAAGGGCAGCCGUGGAUGUCUUGGUAAAAACCUUGCCCUCUGCGAGUUGUACCUUUCUCUUACAGCUCUUGUCAUGAGAGUGAUGCCACACAUGACCCUCUAUGAGACAUCAGAACGUGAUGUUAGAUACGAUCACGAUAUGUUUAUCCCAGUCACAGCUGAGGGAAGCACUGGUGUUAGAGUAACAAUUGAAGCUUAA